AUGGGAAGGAGCCUUGGGAAGCACUAUGCCUACCAUAAUGAGGAUGGGCACUUGACUCAGGGGUGCAGGGAUCUGAAGGCGCACUUGGAGGAUUUGGUCAGACAGGGUCAUUUGAGAGACCUAGUAGAUGAGGCCAAAACCAAGGAAAAGCAGAUAAGGUUGCCCCAGGCACCAGCAGCACCACCUCCACCGCCAUCACCACAGCAAGCAAAUGGACCUCGGGUAAUUAAUGCGAUUCACUCGAGGGUCAAUGAGACUGAGGUGCGUGGAAAGACUCAGAGAGUAAGGCACCUGCAGCAUGUGUAUCAGGUCCAGCAGAAAAAGUCUAGGACCAAUGAAUACCAGGGACCAAUGGUCUCUUUUACCGAGGCAAACCUAGAUAUGGUGCAACAUCCACACAAUGAUGCUUUGGUGAUAAUACUAAAGAUUGAGAACUACCAGGUAAGGCGCAUACUGGUUAAUCAAGGUAGUUCUUGUGAUAUCAUGUAUGUUAGAUAUUACAAGGAGCUUGACCUUCAUUCAGAUGAUCUAAAACAAUCUAGCACCCCGAUAGUUGGAUUCAGCAGAACGCCGAUGUGGCCUCUAGGAGCCACGAAUUUGGAAGUACAGGCAGACACGAAGAAGACCGUGGUUACACGCAAUGAAGGCUGUUCUCUCAACACUAAACCAGCUGUUGCGGUUCCCAACGGAGCAUGA